AUGGAAGGAUACGACACAGGUGUUAUAUCUGGUACUUUGGUAAUCAUCUCGGACGAUUUAGGAAAGACUUUAUCAAGUUGGGAUAAAGAACUCAUAACCUCUUCCACGACUCUAGGCGCCCUCUUAGGGGGAUUGAUAUCGGGUACAAUGAGCGACUAUACAGGUCGGAAAGGUGUUAUAGGAGUCGCUAGUGGGAUCUUCGUCAUUGGAGCUUUAGGACAAGCUAUAUCACACACUAUAAUAUCAAUCACAAUAGGUCGUUUUGUCGUCGGUGUAGGUGUGGGAUUAGCAUCUUGUAUCGUCCCUCUUUAUAUCGGUGAACUUUCCCCGGCGAAUAUGAGAGGGAGGUUGGUAACUCUUAAUGUCGUUGCUAUUACUUUAGGACAGGUCGUUGCGUAUGUCAUAGGAGCUGCGUUCCAAAAUGUUUCAGGAGGAUGGAGAUGGAUGGUAGGUCUCGGAGCUGUACCUGCUAUCGUACAAUUGUUCACCCUUUCUCUUUUACCCGAAAGCGCUCGUAUCCUUUUACUACAAGGCAAGACAGAACAAGUCACCAGAAUAAUUGCCAAGAUUUACCCACACGCAUCCCAGGAAGAGAUAAUGCGUCAUUCGGAUGAAAUGCGAUCAGCAGUGAGAGAAUCGAUCAGGAUAAACGAGAGUACUACUUGGCGUGAAAGAUUGGAGAGUCUGUUAAGAGAUGGUCCUUCUCGUCGUGCGUUGAUCAUCGGUGGUGGACUUCAGGCAUUACAACAAUUAUCAGGUUUCAACACUCUCAUGUAUUACUCGGCUUCUUUGUUUGCCAGUUUGGGAUUCAAGAAUGCAACAGCUGUAGGGGGUUUGAUCGCAAGUGUUAAUUUAAUGUUCACCUUAGUCGCUCUUAAAACGGUCGAUAGAUUAGGUAGGAGAAGAACAAUGUUGUUGACUGUCCCUGUAAUGAUUAUCGCUCUUCUUUUGUCCAGUUUCUUUUUUCACCUAUUGACAUCUUCCACCGGUGGAAUCUUAGUCGAUGGAACACCUUACUCUCGUUCCCUCGCUAGUUUAGUAGUAAUCAGUAUGAUGAUUUACGUCGCUGGUUACGCAGCUGGAGUAGGUAAUAUACCUUGGCAACAAGGAGAGUUGUUCAACUUGGAAGUUAGAGGAAUCGGAAGUUCAAUUUGUACUUCUGUCAAUUGGACGUGUAACCUACUCAUAGCUUCUACAUUUUUAUCUCUCAUGGACGCUAUCUCACCUUCUGGAGCGUUCUUGAUAUACGCUAUUCUUUGUGUUGGAGGAUGGUUCUUCUGUUAUUUUCUUUAUCCCGAGACGUCAGGUCUUACGUUGGAACAAGUAUAUCAAUUGUUCUCAGAAGAUUUCGGAGUGAAGAAAUCUUUAUCAUCUCCAAUUAUUUAUGAGCCUCUUGGAUCUCCCAGCCACGCAUGGCCGUAG